GAGCCACUCCUGCGCCGCUACUCAAGGUGGACCUCAAGACUGGGAGCAGGACCUUGGAGCAUGUCGUGGACGGGUCGGUGGAGCCUCCUGCUGCUGCUGGUCUGGUCGCUCCUCGGGGGACGGGAGUGUGAAAGCGGCGGCAAGGGCGUAUUGCGGGUGCGUGUGACAAGCUUCACUAACGACCUGUCCAGAGGCGCUGAAGGCGAGUGUUGCCUCAACCCUGGAGGCCGCAGGGCGCCGCCUUGCAGCUUGCAUUGCCGCACCUUCUUCAGAGUAUGUGCCACCCACAGUGCCCGCCCGCACCGCCCGCGGCCCCCACCGCCCUCGGCCACCCUCAACACCACCCUGGGCGGGUCGUCGUCGCUACUGGCAGCCGCCAUCCUCAACACCCAACCCACCUACCUGGUGACCCAGGCCCUCACGGUCACCGGGCUUGGCCGGCGGGGGAGAAGCAGGCUGGGUGGCCGCAGGUCAGCAGGCGAGAAUGGCACCACUUCCCCGACGCCAGCAGGAGAGAGAGAAGGUUGGGGCAGCAGCAGCAGGAGGACAGCACCUCUGCCACAGGUGCCCUGCACUCUGGGGCUCCUGGUGACUGCCGUCGUCACUAACAACAGCCUUCAUGCCCCCACUGACGGAGCACUCGACAUCACCCUGCCCUUCACCAUACCCUGGCCGGUAACCUUCAAGUUGAUAAUAGAAGCAUGGCAUGACGUCACAGGUCGCCUCUUCAAGAUUCGACAGCCUCCCAAAAGGACAGAGCGCGUGGGUCAGCUGAUCGUGCGACACGUGGGUCACCAUCGGGUUGAGGGGGAGCGGGUGUGGGCGCACUACGCCCACGCCAACGCCUACACCACCCUCAAUUACUCCCUCAAGGUCACCUGCGUCACGCCCUUCCGUGGACCUCGCUGCUCUCAGAGGUGUGACGAGGGAUGGACCGGUCCAGAGUGUACGUCCCCAGCGUGUCUAGCUGGGUGCCAUCCCGUACAUGGUAACUGUACCCAGCCCGGCCAGUGUCUCUGUGCCCCAGGUUGGCGCGGGCGGGAGUGUAGUGAGUGUAUCCCUCGGAGUGGGUGUCAACACGGCUCCUGCACCACACCUGACCAGUGCCUCUGUCACCCAGGAUGGUCAGGACCCCUCUGCUCAAAGCCUGUUUGCAGGGAAGGCUGCCACCCCAGUCAUGGCUACUGUGACCUGCCAGGGGAGUGUAGGUGUCGCAUAGGAUGGACGGGGCCCACCUGUGAGGAGUGCAAGCCGCUGCCUGGCUGUGUCCACGGCUCCUGCACUAAACCCCUAGAGUGCAAGUGUGACUCUGGGUGGACAGGCGGACUCUGUCAGACCCCUGUGUGUGGCCACAACUGCUCCAAGGUUCACGGGCACUGUACCAAGCCGGGAGAGUGCAGGUGCGAUGUGGGGUGGUGGGGCGAGAGGUGUGACUUGUGCUUCCCUUACCCUGGGUGUGAACACGGCACCUGCACACAGCCCUGGGAGUGUACCUGUAACCCAGGAUGGACAGGCAUGCUCUGCGACACCCGAGGAGAGUCAACGGGCUGGUUCUGUGAGCGUCACCAGGGCUGGUGUCUCAACGGCGGUACCUGCAUAGACGUUGCCGGCGGCCGCAACUACACCUGCUCCUGCCCGUCUCUGUUCACAGGGCAGCGCUGCGACUACCUGGCCCACCUCGCCCCCGACCACCACUCGGCACGGACCGGCCUCAUCCUCCCCACAGGCAGCCGCCACAACGUGCACAUCAUCUCCCCGGACACCUUGUCUUCCCUGGGCACAUAUUCCAUGACCCAGCCCACAACGGGCAUCCCCGAGGACACGGACGCCGAUGUGACCGACGAGGAGGACCCCAAGGAUGCGCGACGACGCUUCCUGCAGAAGCAUGCACGAAUAUCCUUCCGUCAGCCCAAGCUAGCGAGCAGCGAGGAGGACUCAGAUAAGCUGCCCUUCGCCGUGGUAGAGAGGAAGCUGCUUCCACUGCCGGUGGUGCUGCCUCGGGUGAGUGACAUCACCCGAGACGGGCGACGCUUCGCAUACAAGCCCGCAAACAAGCAGUCGACGCCUAUAAUUAUCCUAGGUCUCAGAGCUCCCGAGAACAUACAGGAGAAAGUGCAGGCUUCCGAAACUUCGGGGAAAAACCAAAUAAAUGAGAACAGACGGUUUCUCCGGCACCAGCAGGAGUCUCCGGGCUUUGUUACUGACGCGGUCGAGAGCGGGCACCAGCCUCCUCAAGAGGGGCCAGUUCUGGUGAAGGUGCUCAACUCUCAGCGUCGACCCAUACUGGUGAGCUCUCAAGCCAGAGCUCUGCCGCGGUCCAACACCGUGAGCCCAGCCACAGCCAGGACCUCCCCGGGGACCAGGCAACAACCUCCCGUCAGCAGCGGCCCCACCAACACCUCCACCACACCAACUCCUGCUACUCCAGAUACUUCAGAAAAGCCGGUCGCCACUACGCGACCAUUUUGGAAGGCCCGACAGGUGACACCGACAUUGGGGUCCUCAGAAAGAGCUUCAGUGUUCACGCCGGCGCCAGAGGAAGUGGAUGUCGUGGAGGGGCGGGAGAGCGUCGUCCAGACGUAUUACAACGAGAACGUUAACGGUAGAGUCCACAUCGGCGACACCAGUAGUGUGGACGAUGCCGCCCCUCACAAAGAGAUCUUUGAUGCCUUUAUCGAACUCAAAAAAGUGUGAAGAGAAAAUGCACGCUGUAAUUACGCCAUGUGUGACCCAGAGCACGUUAUGCAGCGUAAGGGGACAAAGAUUUACGCACAAGUGUUCAGUGAUGUGUUAUAAUAUAUUAAUGCUGAUUUACGCCUGUGUAUAGAUGGAGUGCGUAGCACAACUCUGUCCGUUCCCCAGGAAACGGCUCUGUUCAGGAAAUUCCUGCUACCCACUCACCCUGGACGGUAGAGCGACGGCUUCGCGUCUAGCUGGUCAACGUUUUAUCCCUGACCAUCCAAGUGAUUGGGAACUAUUUCUUCCUAUCCUAAAUCCUUAUCUCCUAUCCUAAAUCACAAUCCCAUCCGUGUGCUAUUUAGUCAUAUCAAGCGCUUUCUACAGAUAAUUCCCUUCCUUCACUCAUCA